CUUUCCUUCCAGGUUGGUUCAGCCCCCGUCUACUCCGGGGUGGUGCUUAGCCGGCGCCAGACCGACCCUCGACUUCGGAGAGGCAGUGCGGUUCCUCUGGGCGCUUCCUCCUCUCCUUCUUCGGCUUCUUCGGCCUCCUUAUCCGCUGUAGUAAGCCAAGACGGUGUAUGCCCCACCCCUGACCCCGCUAGAGAUAUGUCCACUCCGGCUCGGCGCCGCCUUAUGAGGGACUUCAAGAGGUUGCAGGAGGAUCCUCCCGCUGGAGUCAGCGGAGCGCCAUCCGAGAACAACAUAAUGGUUUGGAACGCGGUCAUUUUUGGGCCUGAAGGGACCCCAUUUGAGGAUGGAACAUUUAAGCUUACAAUAGAAUUCACUGAAGAAUAUCCGAAUAAACCACCUACAGUUAGAUUUGUCUCUAAGAUGUUUCAUCCGAAUGUAUAUGCAGAUGGUAGUAUAUGUCUGGACAUACUUCAGAACCGUUGGAGCCCAACUUAUGAUGUGUCUUCCAUUUUAACAUCCAUACAGUCUCUUUUGGAUGAACCAAAUCCUAAUAGUCCAGCAAACAGCCAGGCUGCUCAGCUGUACCAGGAGAACAAGCGGGAAUAUGAAAAGCGUGUUUCUGCAAUAGUAGAACAGAGCUGGCGUGAUUGUUGACCGUGGGUGCAGCAAAAGAGGCCAGAUAUCAGAAGAAUACAUAUUGAUGUGUUUGUCAGCUUCCUAUUCUUCAGUGUCAUUACAUUUACUUUAUUAAAAGCAAAAUAGCUGUUGUGCUGUU